AUGACAGCUUUCAAAUAUGUUAAGGGCUGUUAUAAAGAUUACGGUGAUCAGUUGGUCUCCCUGUCCAUUAAAGGGAACCCAGCUGCUGGCUGUGGGUAUCUCGCCGCUGUUCUCAGAACCAGCCAGAGCCUGACGGAGCUGGAGCUGCGUGAUAAUGUUUCUCUGGGAUAUUCUGGAGUGCAGCUGCUGUGUGAGGGACUGAAACAUCCCAACUGCAAACUGCAGAGACUGGGGUUGGGGCAUUGCAGUCUCACAGCCGCUUGUUGUGGGGAUCUCUCCUCUGUUUUCAGCACAAGCCAGACCCUGACAGAGUUAGACCUGAAGAACAACACCAUCAGAGAUUCAGGCAUGCAGCUGCUGUGUGAGGGACUGAAACAUCCCAGCUGCAAACUACAGAAACUAGGCUUAUCCAAGUGGCAUGUAACCAAAGAAACACAGGCAGAGCUGGAUGCUGUGAAAAAGAUAAAACCUGAUCUGGUCAUAGAGAGAUAGCAGAGCUUGUGAGCGGGAGA